AGCCGUCCCGUGCUUGGAAUGACGAAAGGCGGGGAACUUUGCGGCAUCGACCGGAUCCGCUGCUGUCAGGCAAGCCGCGCGGUUAAUUUGGGAGUUUCUGGGACGCGUGAAACGGGGCCUGGAGGUGAAAAAGUGAAAGAGGAAGAUCCAAAGUCUCGCCUGCCUUGCACUGCCAGCCUCUCUUUCGCGAUUUUUUCUCGACCAUCUGUGAUCGUCGCUGUUACUGAUCUGCAACCGAAUCUUCACAUCUUCUGUCGAGCCGGUUUGGUCUUGCUUCCAGCCUGCCAUUCCGUAUCUCAGCCUCUGAUUUACUUGCAGCGCGAUUCUCGACCGAGCGAGAGGGCGAGAGAUAUUUUGAUACUUUGCAUUUUCUAAUUGCGGCCUGAGUGUUGUCUCGGCUGCUCCUCACUCUUCAGGUCCUCCUACUCUGGUAAGUGUGCGGAUCCGUUCAGCUCACCAUGAGCUUCUGCGAUAAUCAUCACUGAUAGUUGAGCUGCGUUUCGUAGGAAAUCCUCCCGAGUGCUCGACAGUAGUAAACUAGUAGCUGUGCCGUGGUGCGAGCAAUGAUGCAACCCCUGGUUGGUCUAGCUGGUGCUGCAUGUCCUCCUGCGGUGCGUUGGGCUGCUGGAACCUGCACUGGUGAACCGACGGGGAAAUUGGGCGUGACAAGUGCUGCACCUAGAAUUUCUGCGUCGUCGCGAAAUGUCUUUGCAAAGUGGAAUUCGCGGGGAACCACCGAGAGAGGGGCUAUUGGAGGAUCGCACACACUGUUCGCUAGCAUUUCUGGAAGGCACUCACUCAAGGUCAAGGCUUCCGCAGCAACUGAGGACGAGGUGACCGUGGAUCUUCUGACUUUCGAGGUCGAAGCUGAAUCUUCAGACACUUCACCAGCGCCCGAGGCUCAGCUGGAGUCUGUUGCGGACGAAGAAAGUGUUGCACCAAUCGAAGACACGCGUCCUAAGGCCAACGUCAAGUUUGUUCUGCAGAAAGAGUGCCACUUCGGCCAGCAAUUUAACGUGGUGGGUGACAUAGCGGAAUUGGGAGAAUGGGAUCCUGCCCAUGCCGUUGCCAUGGAGUGGUCUGAAGGGCAUGUGUGGACCGCAGAAGUGGGCAUUCCAGUAGGCCUGACUGUGAAGUGGAAGUUCGUAAUGACGGGUAAGAGACUGGAACUGGAGUGGCAGCCAGGUGAGGACAAGGAAUUUGAGAUAAAGGACGAGACCGAUAUAACAGUGACAGAGGUGUGGGCCGAUUCAGAGCCCGUAGAGGCUGGUGUGGUUGGAGAUACUGAGAUCGUCGAAGAAUAUACUGAGCCAACAUCAUCUGCAAAUGGUGUGGCUACGGCAUCUGUAGACUCCGAUCUGCAGGAAGCAGUGGCGGCCAUUGUCGCUGACGCAGAAGCAUCAACAGAUGAAGAGAACGCAAACGAGGAAACAGUCGAAGAGAAAGGGAUUGAAAUUUUGAGUGGUAAUGAAGCGGAACAAGUUGACGCUGCCGAAGUUCCUGAAGUUCCCGUCCUAGACGCAGCUGUGGCCACUGCCGUCGCGGAGGUGAGCGGAGAAGUUGAAGAUACGGCUGCCGCAGAAAUAUAGAGGUGGGUGCUAGCAAUGGCGCACUUAAAACUGAACCAGAUUAUACACAAAGGCCGACAUCUCCUGUCUCUGUGAUUCAGAAAGACUUACAAUGGACCGUCAGGGCUAUAUCCACUCUUCUUGGUGCACCGAAGAAAGAAGAUAACUAGCAAGAAUAUCGAACCUCGGUAGUAUGUUCUACCUUACGUUAGUGUGCAGUCUACCGGUCCUCAAAAUAUAUAACGGCGAGGUGUUCAACCGCAACAUAAUCCUUUGCCUACCGUACAGUACGCUACACUGUGAGAUGAAGUUGGAUUAGCCGCCAUGGCCCAUUUAACGAUCUGUGUAUAGAUGGAGGAUAGCGAGCGUGCUCCACGAACCUUCUCCAAAGCAACAAGUGGUAGGCAGGUUGUUGCUACCUGUGUACAGGCCCCCUAUAUGUAUAUGUUCGCAACAUUCGGCUACUGUCAGAUUUUGUUGGAGAAGUGGCGUUGAUCACCGCUGCCUCCUCCCGUUCAGUUCAUGUACACACUUCGAAAUAAAGUGAACUGAAUUCAGUGUGU